GAGCAAAGAUCCUGGUCAUGAUCCUGAUAAGCUCCAGGAUUGUUGCCGGUUGGUCGGUGGUGCGCGCACCCGGGAGGGAGGGGGCCGCGGGUCGCCGGCAGCGAGAAGCCAGCCGAGGGGUGUGUGUGAAGUGUCGGCGGCACCUGUUUGUUGCCCCGGGUCCGAGGGAGAAGCGGGCCCCGUCCCACCCAGAGACUCGCCCCGAUCCUAAGCACGUUCCUGAGAAAGCGGCAUAAGCAGCAGCAGCAGCAGUAGCCAGAAGACUAAAAAUGAGGAUGAGGAUGAUGAUGGCAACAACUUGAGCGGAGUCGGGGUCGCGCGGCCGAAUCUACUCGCCUUAACGGAAGAGAAGAUCCCGAAAGAGAUUAGUAUUUCGGAAAGGAGGACACUUCACUCCAGUUAAGAACUGCAGCAAUCUGCUUGGCAGAUUUCGACACCUCCAUUCCCCAACCAUCAUGUCUUUUCACUACAACAAAGCCUUUGAAAACUCCGACCGCUCCUAUUCUGAUAUGCUAGAGGAUGAAAACUCAGACUAUCACUAUGCAGCAACACUGGAACUUGACAGAAUAAGACCUUCUGAAAGGAGCACUUCUUUCCAUUAUAAUCCUUAUGAUUCCACUCCUUACAAUUCCCAUGAAGGUGACAGUGUGGAAGACGGAAAGGGGCAAAAUUCAUCCAUACUUUUACCCAUGAGUUCAAUGAGGAUUCAGAACUCUGGGUCUGAGUACAGCCCAAGAGGCCUUGCAUUUGAGAUCUCCAGUUCAAACCCUUAUGGAAAUGAACACACUAAUCCUUCAUUUGAAUACGAGCCAGAAUUUGCACAGCCAUUACCUACUGGUAACACUACUUUGAAUCAUCAUACUAAACACGGACCUUCUGAUGCAUCUGAUGGAGGACCUAACAGGCAAGAUGCCAGCAUGGUCUUCAUGACACCUUCUAGUCUACUUCAGUUAAAUCCAGGAUAUAACAAGGAGAAGGAAAAAGAAGAAGAAAAAUUAAUAAGUGAUCUUUCAGCCAUGUCCACCCAUGAAAGAAUUAAAGCAAUUCAGAAGAUACUGAAACCUAUGAAAGAGAAGCGCAAGAUCAGGAAUCAUAUUCUGAUAGAGAAAACAAAAAAAUCCCACAGCCGUAAAGCUGAAGUUAACUGUUGUACCCAGUGUUUCUACAACACAGCUUUGUCUUUGCGGAGGUUCAAAAAUGGCUUGUGGGACUGCUUUCAGUUCUUUAAACUUUGGCAGAAGAUUCUCAAAGACAUUGGUGGCAAAUUUGGGACCAGCGUCCGUUCCUACUUUGUUUUCUUGACGUGGCUGCUGAUGUUCAACGUUUUCUCAUUCCUUGUGAACUUCAGUUUCAUUGCAAUUCCUCAGCUCUUAGUAGCCAAAUCAAAUAGCCUCUCCUUCACAGGACUUGAAUUUUUCACAGGAGCGGGAUACUUUACAGACACAGUGCUGUAUUAUGGCUUUUACACCAACACUACAGUAAUGAAAAAUGAGAACAUUUCUACGUAUUACAUACAGCUAGCCUAUAUUUUCACCUUUGGAAUUUAUUUCAUUGUCUGCUUUCUAAGCUUGCUGUACAGCAUGGCAAAAUCCUUCCGUGCCAACUUUGUUAAUCCUCAGAUGUAUGCUGGAAAUGCUGCCAAACUUCUCUGUGUCUGGGACUUCAGCGUCACCAAUGAAAAAGCUGUCAAGCUAAAGCAGAAAAAUCUCAGCACCCAAAUCAAGGAGACCCUGUCUGAGAUCACAGUUGGAGCCCUGAAGCUUCCUCUCAGCCAAAGAAUCUCCCAGAUCGCCAUCCAUCUGGGGGCUUGGGUGAUCUCACUAAGCAUUGCAAUUGGCUCAUGUGCUGGUAUUUACUUCUUCUCCCAAGUCAAUUUGGAGAUAUUUCUAGAAGGGGAGAAAACUGACCUGGAGAGCCAAGCCAGCACUCUGGUGUUGCCGAUUGUGGUGAGCCUCCUAAACCAUCUUGUGCCGUUGUUGUACUCUUUCUUCAGCUGUUUUGAAAAAUUCACUUUUCCCAGGCACCAGAUCUACACUGCAAUUGUCAGGAAUGUUAUUCUGAAAAUAACUAUAAUUGGAAUCCUCUGCUAUUACUGGCUUAACACAGUGGCUGUAUCAAAGCUAGAGUGUUGGGAAACAUUAGUUGGCCAAGAUAUAUACAGGCUGCUUGUUGCGGAUUUCAUCUGUUGCUUAUUGGGUUCUUUCUUUGGAGAAUUUCUGCGACGAAUCAUUGGGACCAAGUGCUGCAAAAAACUGGGUGUGCCAGAAUUUGACAUUGCUAGGAACGUUUUGGAUUUGAUCUAUGCUCAGACUUUGACAUGGAUUGGCAUAUUUUUUUCACCUUUGCUUCCAGCCAUCCAAAUUAUAUCACUUUUCAUCAUAUUUUGUGUGAAAAAGGUCAGUCUGAUGAGGAACUGUCAGCCUCCUCGCAAGGCUUGGCGUGCAUCCCAGAUGAACACUAUCUUUGUCUUCCUGCUCUUUUUCCCCUCCUUUGCUGGAGUCCUCGCUGUCCUAGGUGUCACCUUCUGGAGACAGACACCUUCUGAAACCUGUGGCCCUUUCCGAAGUCUGGUGACGAUCUUUGAGGCCGUUUCUGACUGGGUGGCGAUCCUUACCAGUUAUCCUAGUUCUUUCUGGGUUGUGUGGAUUUAUCGCAACAUAUUUGAAAGCGUGCAUUUCUUCUUUAUCCUCUCAGUCAUUGUACUGAUUAUGUCAUACCUCUACUGGCAAAUCAUAGAUGGACAGAAAAUGAUGGUUAAACUACUACAAGAGCAGAUCAUUAAGGAAGGCAAAGAUAAAAUGUUUCUACUGAAGAAAUUACGUGCAUUACAGGCAUCUAAAAUGCCAAAUCUGGGAGAGCAAACAGAGAGACGUUCAUUGGUGCGCCGGCAACCUGAACAGCGAAUGCAUUUUCUAUUGCCGAACUCCACUGAAAGCUCUCCAAGAAUAAAGGAAAGAGACAUGUAUGAUGAGUUUGCCAGGACACCUGAAAUGACCAGCUUCUCCUACGUUAAAGAAGAUGGGCAGUCAGCCAGGAAUGCUGGGACUUCUGAAGCUUUAACUUUGGCUCUGCGAGCUAGGCAAGAGGCUGAAUGGGAAAUGGAUGAUGAAGAAAGUUCAUGAAAUCAAAGAUGUAUAAAAUGCAACAAGAAGCUGUCGCAGCUCAGAGCUCUGUUAUUUGCACUAACAUGUAGGAACGAAAAGAAUUUUAAAUACCAAGGGUUGUAUUAAAAUGACAAGUUUUCUGUGAUUUCAAUUUUGCUUUACUAUGACUUUUGAAAGCCCAGUGCAACAGACGGAACACAGAAUGAGCGUCUUCAGAAAACAGGAAUCUCUGACCCCUCCCAAGUGCAAAAUCUGCACUUGAGGCAACAGUGAGACUGAGCACCUUUUUCAUGGAACUCUUUUUACUGGAUUCAGUAAUUUAUCCCUUGAUACUUGCCAAGUAUAGCUCUAUAAACAUUUGUAAUCUUCUCUCCAAACUGCUUUAUUUUUGCUGUUCUGAACUGAAUGUUUUUACAGAAUCUGAACAGGUAUAAAGAAUGAUAAAGCAAGUUUGAUUCUUUUAAAUCCCAAAUACACUGGGUUACUACUGUGAAAUGUAAGUCUGAUCAUACAUUUCUUACUUCAUCUCUGCUUGAAGUAAACCUUUUGGACAGAACAAUGACUGACAUUACAUC